GCCUGAGGCGACGCGGCUUGCCGCCUCUCAGCGGCUUCGGGCGCUGUUGGGACGCGGCCAGCGGCGGCGGGUCCCUCCCACCCGGAGUCGCCCAGGCGCCUCCUCCGCUCCCCUCCCUCGGUCGCCGCCGCUGUGAGUCACGACGACGGAGGGAGGAGGAGGAGGAGGAAGAAGAAGAGGAGCAGGGGCGGACGCUUUUCCACACACACACACACACCACCCACGCACGCACACACACACCGCUCUCAGCCGGGGCUGCCGCUUUCUCCUCCCUUCGCCGCCGUUUCUCCUCAGCCCUGCUCCCAUCCGCCCUUCUCCCGAGGCGGGUAGGGAGCCCGGGGCCAGCUCGAACGGGAGCCCCCCAACAGCCCCGGUUCCCCUCGCCUCGCCGCCGCCGCCGCCUCAGGGUGGCUUCUUCUUUUUUGCUGGUGUCUCCAGGCUGGGAUAGUAGAUCAGAACCAAGCUUUUUUCCCCACCUUACGGAGCCAGGUGGUGCCCUACAUGCUUUCCCACGGUCCGUAUUGCAUCUCUGAUUCUUCCUUCCUGGCCAUUCUUGACUGAACGUUCCUAUAGCCUGAGGUUACUAGGCGAGCAGGAGUCUCAGGAACUGGGAAGAGGGGAAUGAACCGUGAGGGUGUCCCCGGGAAGAGUCCGGAGGAGAUGUAUAUUCAGCAGAAAGUGCGAGUCCUGCUUAUGCUUCGGAAGAUGGGAUCAAAUUUAACCACCAGCGAAGAGGAGUUCUUGCGGACGUACGCAGGGGUAGUGAAUAGCCAACUUAGCCAGCUUCCUCAGCAUUCGAUUGAUCAGGGUGCAGAGGACGGAGUGAUGGCAUUUUCCAGAUCGGAGACGGAAGACAGAAGGCAGUAACUUGAAGGGUCUGCUUGAACAAAUACAGAGCUGGACGGGGCAAACAAGGCUCGGAGAUCACGGAAGAUGGCCGGACACUCAUGAGUUCCUUUGCUUUCCCCUGAUUUUUGUUUCCCCCCCCCCUUUGUGGUAGCCUCCCCCUGCCCUGAAUUCAGUUUCCCUGUUUGCCCAACCUUUCGAUGCAUUUCACAGCCUGUUCUGUAUCCGCUGUUGUCUCGGCGGGAUUGUGUCAAUCCAGGACGACCCCAGGAAUGCUUUUGUGAUUGGCUCUCCCCACCCACCCACCCCAAAAAAGGUGGACUCUUGAUUGGCUAAAGGGAGAAACCGUGACCAGUGGAAACACUCCCCACCCCCCUAACUUUUUACAUUUUGUAUUUUUAAGAAUUGUUGCUGACAUCCCCGCUUCUCAACGCCUUCAAGCUCUGAUGCUUUUUUAGGUCGUGCGUGCGUGUGUGUGUUUUUGGAGAGAGAGGGGCUUGGUUGGGCGAGGCUGGGAAUGGCCCGUGGCUACUGUUUGCAACGUGAAUGGCUUGCAGGUGUUUUGCUGCCGUCAGUGUUUUCCUUGGUUAAAAAGGAGGGCGGGAGGGGAGAGGGGAUUAACGUAUUUAGUUACUGCUUCACAUUAAUUGUCAUGGUGGGUGGGGGAAACGUUUUGCCAUAUUUAUUAUGUGCUUGCUUGCCUUUUUAAAACGAACAAGAAACCAAUCAGCCCUGGCUUAGUGUUGACUUCCUGUUGGCUACCGAGUCGGCCUUGCAGCUGAUGCAACACCUGGCGGUCUGCUCUGGGUUCUCCAGUUCCCUUCAAAGUACUGGUGCUUUGAAAGCAUGUCGGCUUUUCCUUGCGUCUGUCCAGGCAGGAAGGAGGUGGCCAGAAGCCCUGCCGCCUUGUGUAGAAUUGUGGCUGCGUGUCGUGAAAACGAGAGCGAGGCUCCUUUGCCCUGUUUCCCCCCGGGGGGUGUGGGCAUUGCAGGUGCCCAGAUCUGUGCCAUGCAAGCGGAUUUCUUCUCUGCAGUCAAAUUUCCUCCCCAUGCACUGGUUGGUAUCGGGAUGGGUGCGGGGUGAACCUCAGCCAGUCAUAGCACUGGCCUGCACUGAUUGGUUGGGUGUAAUUGCGAAGAUCCUCGCAUCAGGCUUGCUUUCCUGGCCCUGCUGAUCCCUUUGGAGGCAGAGGAUUCUCUGCCUUGAAGAGGUCCAGUCUCGGUUACUGCAGGUGGUAACAGCAGAGACAGUGGCAUUCUUGAUUCUACACCCUGACUUGGCAGGAAGCGAUACUACUUAAUCCCGACGUUUCGUGUGCUGCUGCCGGCAUCCAAGCCUCCCCGUUGUGUGCCGCGAACUUUAACAGUACUUCCAGGAAGCCACCUAAGUGGGUUGCACUGAUAAAGUAGUCCAGGAACACGAGAAAUUGAAACUGAUUUUUGCUCGUUCCCUUAUCUUUGGGGCAAAAAUCAUUAUCUAGAGCAAACCGUUUAAGGACCUGGCUGUGACAGUCAUGAGUUCCCCAGGACCUGCGGUUGUAAGGGUGCAAGUGCUUUUGAAAUCUGUGUGUGUAUAUGUGUGUGUGUGUGAGAGAGAGAGAGAGAGAGAGAGAGAGAGAAGUUGGAGUUCCCACCAGACUGAGAUGCGAGGGAAUAUACAGAAAGCAGGAGAGGAAAUUAUCCAGAAUGAAAUAAACGUCCAUCUACCCGCAACAGAAGCAGUUCCUCCUCAGCGAAGCGAUAUUGAGCGUUGAUGUGCAGCGGUGUAAAGUUCUCAGAGUGAGCCUCACUUUCUCGGGACCUAUUUAAAUGAAACCGGCAAUAAAGGCAGUUCGCUCUUUCAA